GUUUACAUAUUUCGAUACAGGAAAAAGAAACAGGGGAGGUGUGGUUAUUUUUAUUUGGCCGGUAAUUGCCCUCAUUGGUCAUGGCUUUUUUCUCAGCCGCAAAUGCCGUCUCAUUUAAUAUUUCGGCAGGGGUGACUUGGGUGCGGGGAAACCAAACGCUAAUCUCGUCAGGAAACACGUGUUUCCAUGGAUGUAAGAUCACAGUACAAGCCAGCUCAGCACCCGGCUAAUAGAGACUGUAAAUCAGUUUCUGAGAGCUUCGAAAGACUUCUGGGGUGUUUCCCCCUGCUUGUCCCAGGUUAGAGAGAGGAGCAGCAGCACCGGCGAGCUUUGAUACGAGCCUACUGCCGGUGUCGCUGCUGGUGUCACGCCUGGUGCGGCACACAGAGCCCUGCUCUUUCUCCCCAGCACUACCACGGCGCCAGUUCCCGUUUGGAGAAACAGGGGGGGACGUUGUGCAGCGUUUUGCCACGCAGGAGUGUUGUGGUCCAAGCAGAAACUGAGGUUAUGCUAUGACUGGCUUCAGGCUCCCCAUCAGCACUUUUAGAAAACUAAAUGUCUGGUUCGGACUGUGGGAGAAAUUUCCCUCAAAUAAACUGUAUCCCACGUGGAGGAGAAGCUUAUUCUGUAGCUGUCAAGCAAGCACAGUAAACUACAGAAGAUGUUUCAGUUUUUCUCCAGUCAGACUCAGUGCACUAAGACUCUCUCCAGAGUAUAUCUCAGUACUUUCUCUGCGGAACAAAAGCAGCAAAAGCUCUAAAAGGAGCAGACAAAGCGUACAAGAAGAGGAGGAAGAAGAAGAUGAAGAUGAAAGUAAUUUGGAAGAUGAAUUUGAAAAUGACCCCAAUGUAAUAAAAGAUUACAAGGAUCUUGAAAAAGUAGUGCAGUCUCUUCGAUAUGAUGUGAUAUUGAAAGCUGGUCUAGACAUGGCAAGAAAUAAAGUAGAAGAUGCAUUCUACAAUAAUGAACUCAGGCUGAAUGGAGAAAAACUGUGGAAGAAAAGUAGAACUGUGAAACUUGGUGACACACUGGAUCUCAUAAUAGGUGAAGAUAAAGAAACAGGAGCUGCUGUAGUUAUGCGGGUAGUCUUAAAAAAAUUAUCUGACAAAACUGAAAGUGAAAAAUACAAAGUCACUUUGAGGCGUUGGAAAAACUUAAAAGUGCCCAAACAGGAUGUACUAAAGUAAAAAGGGGUUGCAUGGGGCAGCAUAAGAUUUUUGCAGAAAAACAUAUUUUUUGUUAAAUAUGAAUUUUGGUUGAACAAAAUUACAGUACCCUUUUUUAAGGGCUUGUGUCAGAAUGUUAUCUCGCUCUGCUGCAUACAUCAAUAAUCAUGCAAUAAAGCCUGUCACUGUUAGCUUUGUUUUGUGGUACUGUAAGUUAAAAAAUCCAACACAUAUAUUUCCAGAAAGUUUCUUAUAAAUAAUGAACCAAUAAAGACUGAUUUGAUCACUA